GGAGAGAUAAGAACAAACAAAGAUAAACUCACAAUUUAAAAAAAGAAAAAAAGAAAAAUUAGAAUUGAAGCACACCAUUUCCAAAAACCAGGAGAGCCCCCCGAAACGGCAAAACUGAACCAGUCCACCAAUCCAUUAGUGCCCCCAGCCCACAACAUACUCUUACACAUGAUGUAUAUAUAUAUACAUAUACAUAUAAACCUUACGCAACAUCAAUUCAUCAUCUCAUAAAAUAAAAUAAAAUUAAUAAUGGCAGAAAAGAAUGGGCGCAAGAUUCUGGUGGCAGUUGACGAAAGCGAUGAGAGCGGUUACGCACUCUCAUGGUGUCUGAAGACUUUGAGUAAUUCCAAUGAUACCCUUGUCCUCAUCUAUGCCGUACAACCUCGUCCUGUCUACACCGCCAUCGAUUCUACAGGGUACUUGUUUACUGCUGAUAUAAUCGCAAAUAUGGAGAUUUUAAGCAAUCAAGUGGCUCAGAGUGUGAUCGACAAGGCUAAGAAGAUUUGCAGCGAAUUCGAUGAUCAAAUUACGGUGGAGGCGAUGGUGGAGACUGGGGAUCCAAGGGAUGUGAUAUGUGAGAUGGCCGACAAGUUGAAGGUUGACUUUUUGGUCUUGGGUAGCCAUGGCUAUGGUACCAUUAAGAGGGCAUUUCUUGGCAGUGUAAGCAACCAUUGUGCUCACAAGGUCAAGUGUCCGGUUCUCAUAGUGAAGAAGCCAAAAUCAAACGAUGCCCACCACUAGUUUCUCACCAGUUCCUGUGUGUUUGAUUUUGUAUUUUUUUUUCUAAUGUACAAGGUGGACGUGUGUUGCCCCGUUUUGUGUUAAAUUUUCUCCAUAUUUUUAUUGUUUGAACUGUAUCUAGUAUAAUUUCAUCAAUUUAUAUAGAGUAAAAAGCAGUUUACCCC